UUCCACUCCCCACCCAUGUCCUCCACACUCCCCGGUUCCACCAUGGCCACCGCUACAUCAACCGCCACCCUCUUCUCCUCCUCCUCCCCCCACCGCUCCUCCUUUCUCACCCACUCCCCCAAAUCCCUCCGCCUCUCUUUCACCAACAAGCGCCGCUCAGUAACAAGCAUAAAAGCCGAGCUCAACCCUCAAAUAGUAAUAAGCUUAAGCACCGGUCUCUCUCUCUUCCUAGGUCGCUUCGUCUUCUUCAAUUUCCAGAGAGAGAACGUGGCGAAGCAGGGCUUGCCGAAGCAGAACGGGAUCUCGCACUUCGAGGCGGGAGAUGCGCGAGCGCGCGAGUAUGCGGGAUUGCUGAAAUCGAAUGAUCCUGUCGGAUUCAACAUCGUUGAUGUGCUCGCUUGGGGCUCGCUAGGGCAUAUCGUAGCGUAUUAUAUUCUGGCCACUUCUUCCAACGGUUAUGAUCCCAGCUUCUUCGGCGGGCAGUAGUUGAAGGACUGGAUCUGGAAUUCUGGAUCUCUCACCGGCCGCCUGUAUUAGUUUUCUCUUUGUUUGUUCUAGCGUGCUGUUGUUAUGGAGCGUAUAGAAGGUGGAUGGAAUCUCCUAGCUCUCUAGCUACUUGUUGAUUUGCUUUUUGGUUCGACUGUUACAGGAAGUUUUUAGACUAAAAUUUUCAGUUUAAAUGCUGAUGUAUGAGAUCUGGAAAUUACAUUCGUAUUUAUUUGAAUGAGUUUAUUAAA